CGCGCGCACACACACGCGCGACUACAGCGCACUCCUCCAGCAGCCGCCUGCUCGCCUUCCCGGGUUUGACAUGACCUGCCGCUGAGAACGAUGGAACGGAGGGAUCGAUAAGACCUUCGGUGAAUUGAGUUGGGAAGAGAGAGUUCCUGCCUUGCUCUGCCGCUGCAACAAGAACAUUUAAAACCGAAAUGCACGUGAGCUGCGUCAGUGCUGGGCAGCAGGAAGAGCACGAAGAACGUUGACCGUGCUUGCAGGUGUGCAUUUCGGGGCCCAGCACUGCAAGGAGCUCGCUGACCGCGUCCUUUACCAUGGAAGCGCAGGCCCACGGGGAGAGUAGGAACAUCCAGGAGCUCUUCCAUGAGAUUGCCCAGGAUUCCUCGAACCACAGCCAGCCAUGGUGGAAGGUGAAGCUCUUCGUCUGGGAGCCUGUGCUCUUUGGCACUUGGGACGGCGUCUUCACCACCUGCAUGAUCAAUAUUUUCGGGGUGGUUCUGUUCCUGCGCACCGGAUGGCUCGUGGGAAACACGGGUGUGUGUGUGGGCAUGCUCCUGGUGUCCCUGGUGGCGCUCGUGGCCCUCGUCACCGUGAUGUCGGGCCUCGGCGUUUGUGAGCGCUGCAGCAUCGGCGGAGGUGGGGUGUACUCCAUGAUCUCCACCAUUCUCGGAGGCCGAGUGGGAGGCACCGUGGGACUCCUCUACGUCUUUGGCCAGUGUGUUGCAGGAGCCAUGUACAUCACGGGCUUUGCUGAGUCCAUCACCCAGAUACUGGGCCUGUCUAACGUUUGGGCUGUGCGGGGCGUCUCUGUGGCCGUUCUGCUGGGACUGCUGGGCAUCAACCUCGCCGGAGUAAAGUGGAUCGUCCGCCUGCAGCUGCUGCUUCUCUCUGUCCUGGCCGUGUCCACGCUGGACUUUGUGAUCGGAUCUUUCUCGCACCUGGAUCCAGAACACGGCUUCGUUGGAUACUCGGACACCCUGCUGAAGAGCAACGUGCUGCCAGACUACACGCCGGGGGAGACCUUCUUCACCGUCUUCGGGGUCUUCUUUCCGGCCGCCACGGGUGUGAUGGCAGGCUUCAACAUGAGCUCUGACCUUCAGAAGCCUGAGCACAACAUCCCUGUGGGGACUCUGGCGGCUCUCUGCACCUCGUGGUUCUUUUACCUCAUCUUUGUUUUCCUGCUGGGAGCCAUUUGCACCAGAGAGGCUCUGCGAUAUGACUUCCUAAUAGCAGAAAAGGUUUCCUUGGUGGGCUUCUUGUUUUUGUUGGGCCUCUACAUCUCCUCCCUGGCAUCCUGCAUGGGUGGCCUGUAUGGGGCUCCCAGGAUCCUCCAGUGUAUUUCCCAGGAGAGAGUAAUCCCAGCUUUGAGCUUCCUGGGAAGAGGGAGAGGUCCCAAUAAAACCCCAGUAGCAGCCAUCUGUUUGACCAGCCUGAUCACCAUGGCCUUCAUCUUCAUUGGGCAGGUCAACAUCCUGGCCCCCAUUGUGACCAUAAACUUCAUGCUGACUUAUAGUGUUAUUGACUACUCUUACUUCUGUGUGGCCAUGAGCUAUAACAUUCAAGCCAAGGACAGCAGGCACCUGCCUAGGAAUGUAUGUUCAAAUCGGUCCCUCUUAUCGGCCAACCCCAACAUCUAUGGAACCAGUGGUGACUUUUUGGGUCCAUCCAAUGGGACGAUGCUGGAGUUCACAAAGGAUAUGGACCAGAUAUUCCAGCCUCCCAAACCUGACACAGAAAGGGUCUCCACACCGAGCAGGAAAGCAAGCACCCAUGGCAGGCAAUCUCUGAUGGAAAGCUUUGGCUUAGAUCUUGGCAGACGGACAUGUUCUGGUAUAGGAAGGAGUGAAUGGUCAGGGAUGGAGAAUACCCAGGAAUUAGCCGAUUGGACAGAGCACCAGGCAAGCCUUCAGGCAGAAGGACAUUUACGGGAAGGCCAGAUGGGGACUGGAGAGACUUGUAAUGGGAGACAGACUGAUGUUCCUACGAACCCUGGUUUCAUGGAACUCCACAAUACCCCAGAAGUGCUGAUGGACUCUAUGGAGACAUUGUCUAAACAAGUAUCACAUGGAUCAGAAAUUCGACAGAUGCCAAAAUCCUUUUAUUCCAAAUUCUGCAACCACUGGAUAGCAUUAUUUGGUGCCAUAUGCUCCAUUAUGAUAAUGUUCGUCAUACAGUGGGUGUAUGCCUUGGUGAAUAUAAUCAUUGCCAUAAUACUCUUCCUAUACAUUGGACAAGCAAGCCCUGGUCUGCCACUAGGAGCAGCUGCACGGUUUAACUUAUUCAGAUGGAUCCGGACGUCUCUCGUGAACGUUGGAAGGAGAGAAUCAUCGCCUGAUGACCGAAUAGUGCUGAUUCCCUCUUUCUCAAUGAUCGGUGUGGAGACGCAGCAGUUGACUGAAGACAAUGCCGAUUUCGCCGUGCGUGGCCGAUACCACCACUCCUCCUUAAUCAGCGCAGAACAGCUUGCACAUCAACUGCAAUGAGCAUCCUGUGCAUUUCACUGUGCACGUAUCACAUUUCAUACUCCUCUAAGAAUAAACAAGUCUACUGAUAAUGGCAUAUGAGUAUUGAUAUGAAUUUAAUUAUCAACGAUCUAAACUUCUUAAUGUUUCGCAGAAUGUACAAUAGAGACAUUGAUAGCACUCAGGGCACAGCCAGAGGAAGGCAAAGGGAAAUUAUUUUUAAUUUACUUAUUUUAUGGCAUUGACUUCUUAAUUUUUUAUUUUUUUUUGCUUCUGUUUAGCAUAUGGCUCAGUAAGACUGUAUUAACUCUGGACUUCAGAACAUACAAAAAUCCAUUGUUAUCUUAGUAGUCUCAGGUGAGCUGUUUUGUACAAAAUGUCAAUUAUAUCUGUUGUAAUGGAUCAGAUUUUUGUUGGCCAGUCACCACCAUCCCUAUGAUUUCCAAUCAUAUUAUAAUAGACCUUCUUUGAGUGA